CUUGGAUCUAUUUUGUGUGGGAUUAGCCCAAUCAAUUCUCUCUCUCUUGAUAACUUCGCCGACUGAUACUGAUUACUGAAAGCUCCGAUGGACUCUGUGCUCACCACUCUCCAUCAGACCCUAGCUUCAUGCGCCAAGCUGAUCGUAGCUGGUGAUUACGCCACUUCUGAGCAAUCGAUUGCAGAACUCGUAAAAAACCUCAAUGCAAUCUCCGAGUCGCUGAUAGCAGAAGAGCCUCAGUAUUCGCAAGAGUUGGCGGUUGAAAUUAUCACUCAAAUUCAUCAAUACGUCGCCACUCCUGCGCUUGGACAGGAGAUCAUCGAUGCGUUAGCUUUUGAGUUGCCCAAGGCUGUGGCGCGGUUUGCUUGUGUAUCUGAUAGGUGUUUGGAGGUCGCAGAAGGCGUAGUUGAUUUGUUCGUAGAGAGAUGUAGUCCACGAGAGAUGCUUUCGAUUUUAUUGGAGGCAAUAUCUUCUCUAAGCGAUCCAUUCAUGCUUCCUGAUUGCUUCAUACCUCUUCUUACGGGGCUCGCAAAAGUUAUCGUAUUGAUCCAGAGGCGGCUCUAUGAACAAGUAAAACACGCAGUUCCAAUCAUUCUUAAUGUUUUGACAACCUUGUGCUUGAAGUCCGAUGACGAAGAUACAGAUUAUGAGAAAUUGUUUAAUAGAACAACUGGCAUUGCCAGCUCUAUAAGAACAAUCAGUGUAAAGUUGGAAGGCGAGGACAACAGGAAACUGAACGCUUUGUUAGGCCUAUAUGUCUUGCAGAUCAUGGCUCUUGUUUCACAUGGAAUGGCAAGUGACAAGUUGAGAUGUCGUCUCGUGGUGCUGCAAUUGUCUGACUUCCUUCCCCAUUGUGAUUUGUCUUAUAUUGGUCUGGUAACAGGAUGUGAAGUUGAUAUGAUCUCUAAACUAGUUAUUGGAGAUUAUAGUGAAGUUGGCGUGGAUUGCUUUUCUCAAGUGAAGCUUGGAGCGGCACUAGCUGUGAUUUGGGGCUUUGGGGAUGGUGAGAUUGCUUUUGCUGCCAAAGCUGAUAUGACCUCUGUCUUAAUGGAACUCAAAGGUAACUGGACUAGAAGAUGGGAGGCAGUAGGCAUGUUAAAGUACCUAUUCUCAUAUGCCAAUAUGCCAUGGGGAUUGAAGUGGGAUGGUAUCAGCUUCAUUGCAUGUAUCAUGGAUGGCGUCAUGUCGAAUACAAACAAUGAAUUUGUGGACUACUCCUUACAUAUGCCAACUAUGUAUACCAGCUUGCAGGUUGUCACAAUGGUUAUCAUGUAUACUCCAGAGACUGAACUAAGAAAGAAAGCAUUUCUAACAUUUAAGAAGAUGCUUGCAGACAUCCCAACUCCUUGGAGAUUUGAUGUCUUAAUGGCUUUGAUCAAGAAUAGCAACUCUCCUUCUAUGAUUGGAAUACUUAUAGAUUGUGUGAGAGAGGAAAUGCGAUUGGAAUUGGUGAAAAGAAAUGCAUCAGUGGAUACCCUCCCAAAUAGCGAAGUCAGUCAAUCCACAUCGCUUUGGAACCCAUCUGUGCUACAAUUGGUUGAAAUGGUUCUCAGGCCUCCAGAGGGUGGACCUCCAUCCCUUCCCGAGGACAGUGACGCAGUUUUGUCAGCUCUCAAUCUCUAUAGAUUUAUACUGAUCACUGAAUCAACAGGAAAUUCUAACAGUAGUGGAAUAUUAGCCAAGGAGAAAUUGCAGAAAGUAUACAAGGAAUGGCUUCUCCCGUUACGUGUAUUGGUGAGUGGAACCAUGGCUCGAAGCAUGAAAGAAUCUGAUGAUUCUAUGUGUGCACUCAACCCAGUGGAGUUGGUUCUCUACCGUUGCAUCGAACUCGUUGAAGAGAAGCUCAAACAUUUGUAACUUGUGGCAGAUGUUAGUUGUUCAUUCCAGGCAUGGCACGUUUGUCUUUUAACUAUAAUCAUAUCUUAUUGUGAGAUCCAUUGCUUUUAAUAUUGUAAGAAUAGCGUUUAGUUUGGCUUUUUUAAAAUGCUUCAAAAACAUUUGACUUGGUUGUACAUUAUUUGCUGAAAUUCAAACUUUUAUAAUCUGUUCUGUAACA